UGCCGAGGUUAGCACACCUCAGUCUGGGCAAAUACUGACUGCUACUACACAGAGGCCUGAAUAAGUCACUGAGAGAAACCUCGAACACCGCUGGUGCAUAUAAAAAUGGACAUCAAUUUUACGACACCCACUAUAGCUCCUCCGGGAAGCAACUGCGAUCUCUACGCACACCACGGCACAGCCAGGAUCCUAAUGCCUCUGCAUUACUGCAUUGUCUUCGUCAUUGGGCUUGUGGGAAACUUGUUGGCCUUGAUAGUCAUUGUUCAAAACAGGAAAAAAAUCAACUCUACCACCCUAUAUUCAACAAAUUUGGUGAUUUCUGAUAUACUUUUUACAACUGCUUUGCCUACACGGAUAGCCUACUAUGCCCUGGGCUUUGACUGGAAAAUCGGCGACGCCUUGUGUAGGAUAACCGCUCUUGUGUUUUACAUCAACACAUAUGCAGGCGUGAACUUCAUGACCUGCCUGAGCAUCGACCGGUUCUUUGCUGUGGUACAUCCCCUGCGAUACAACAAGAUGAAAAGGAUUGAACAUGCAAAAGGCGUUUGCAUAUUUGUUUGGAUUCUAGUAUUUGCUCAAACACUCCCACUACUCAUAAACCCUAUGUCAAAGGAGGAGGAUGAAAGGACUACAUGCAUGGAGUAUCCAAACUUUGAAGAAACAAAAUCUCUUCCCUGGAUUCUGCUUGGUGCAUGUUUCCUAGGAUAUGUGCUUCCACUCGUAAUCAUUCUCAUCUGUUAUUCUCAAAUCUGUUGCAAACUCUUUAAAACUGCCAAACAAAACCCACUAACUGAGAAAUCCGGUGUAAACAAAAAGGCUCUCAACACAAUUAUUUUUAUAAUUGUUGUGUUUGUUCUCUGUUUCACACCUUACCAUGUUGCAAUUAUUCAACACAUGAUUAAGAAGCUUCAUUUUUCUGAUCUCCUGGAAUGUAGCCAAAGACAUUCAUUCCAGAUUUCUCUGCACUUUACAGUAUGUCUGAUGAACUUCAAUUGCUGCAUGGACCCUUUUAUAUAUUUCUUUGCAUGUAAAGGGUACAAGAGAAAGGUAAUGAAGAUGUUGAAACGUCAGGUCAGCGUAUCAAUUUCCAGUGCCGUGAGGUCAGCCCCUGAAGAAAAUUCACGUGAAAUAACGGAAACUCAAAUGAUGAUACAUUCUAAGUCUUUAAAUGGAAAGUAAAAAGGAAUUAAAUCUUGGAUUUACUGCAAAGGAAACUGUAUGAUGAACUUUGCAGGACUCUCCUUAUAAAGCAAAAUGAUUGUUCAACUGCCAAUUAGGAUUCUUUUAAAGUCCUUUUACUGGGCACUAUUUCCCACCUCCAACUUGGAGGUAAAUUGAUAUAUGUUUUUUACACUCAAGAGAACAACAUAAAGCAAAGUUCUAAUUUGUAAAUGAAAUACUAUACCAAAAGGGCGGCUACUUCAAUAACUCUCAAUGUAAAAAGAAAAGUUUUGUGUUAAAGAAAAAGUCAUUGGUAUUUCCAGCUGACAAUUUGGCAAAAGGAAGAAGACUGUUAAGAUUGUAUUUUGUCAGUGUAAAAAUGUUAAUAUUGUAACAGAUUUUUUUUUCGGUAACAUAUUUCUUCAGUCCGUAUUUCUUUCAAUCUUAGACUUUAUCUCCUCAAUAACACCAGCUUUGCAUUUUGUAUGGUUCUGAGUCAUAAAAUUUUUGUUCAAAGAACUAUUUUAGAAUAAAGAGCA